AUGCUCCGGAGGCCGGAAGUGAGUGUGCGGCGGAAUGGAUGUGACGUCAGCCGGGGCUUGCUGAGGACCAGGAAGCGGCCGUUUAUGGCAGCCAUGCACCGGAGAGGGGUGGGAGCGGGGGCCAUAGCCAAGAAGAAAGCUGGCUGAGGCCAAAUACAAAGAACGAGGGACUGUCUUGGCUGAGGACCAGCUUGCACAGAUGUCAAAACAGUUAGAGAUGUUUAAAACGAAUCUAGAAGAUUUUGCUAGUAAACACAAGCAAGAAAUCCGUAAGAAUCCUCAGUUCAGAGUCCAGUUCCAAGAUAUGUGUGCAACAAUUGGAGUGGACCCUCUGGCCUCUGGGAAAGGAUUUUGGUCAGAAAUGCUUGGCGUGGGUGACUUUUAUUAUGAGCUGGGUGUGCAAAUAGUUGAAGUCUGCCUGGCUCUUAAGCACCACAAUGGAGGUUUGAUCACACUAGCUGAAUUGCACCAGCAAGUUCUGAAGGGAAGAGGGAAACUCACUCAGGACGUCAGUCAAGAUGAUAUCAUCAGAGCAAUCAAAAAACUCAAAGUCCUAGGUAGUGGUUUUGGCAUCAUCCCUGUGGGUGGAUCUUACCUGGUGCAGUCGGUUCCUGCAGAGCUGAACAUGGAUCACACCGUGGUACUACAGCUGGCAGAGAAAAAGGGCUAUGUGACAGUUGGCGAAAUACAAUCAAGUCUGAAUUGGGAGAAAGAAAGGGCAAAGCAUGUGCUGGAACAUUUACUGAAGGAAGGCUUGGCAUGGCUGGAUCUGCAGGCGGACGGAGACCCCCAGUACUGGCUACCAGCUCUCUUUACUGAACUUUAUUCUGAACAAAUUUCUCCCGAGGAGUCCAGUGAGGGACCACCAUGA